GAGACUUUAUCCUGAGUAGAAGAGAAGUGUACACUCCCGUCACUUAACUUACUCAAAAGACAUACAUAUGCACUUUUGAACAACCACCUACAACCAACAUCAUCUCCCUGUGAUAAUCCGCUCAACUAAUGCCCGAAGCAUCCGCGCCCUCUCCCAAUGGAUCAGAAAAGCCACCACCCCUCAAGCUUCCUCCUCGCCUGAUCCCUCCUUCACCCGGUCCGGCCUGCGCCUCCGCGCGCUGGCAGGCCGUCGUCAAGCGUGAUCCCGCCGCCAUCACAUUUGUCUACGCCGUCCUAACGACCAAAAUAUACUGCCGCGCCUCCUGUCCUGCCCGGCUCGCGCGACGGGCCAACGUCCGCUUCUACGACCGGCCCUCCCAGGCAGAAAGGGCAGGGUUCCGGGCGUGUAAGCGCUGCAGACCCGAGACCCUGCAGACUGACGGCGGUGGCGGCAGCAGCAGCAACAGCAGCAGUUGUAGUAGUCCUCAGGUUCAGCUGGUGCACCAAGCAUGUCAGACGAUCGCGUCGGCAGUCCAGUCGGGGUCGAAGCCCACGCUUCACAUCCUUGCGACCGAGGCUGGGCUCACGUCCAGUCACUUUCAUCGCGUGUUCAGGAAGGUCAUGGGCGUUACGCCGGGGAGGUAUGUUGCUGGGAUGAUGGAGAAGAUGAAGGUUGGGUGGGUGGCAGCAGCGACAACGGCGACGGCGAAGACGGAGGUGUCGCUGUUGCAGCAGGAGAAGGAGGGGAAGAACUACGGGGCGUCGGAAAUAGGGACGAUGCGCCAGCUUCAGCCCUGCGGUGGCUUGGAGGUUGCUGUUGAUGGGAUUAGUCGUAGCGCCGACGUUGGGGAGGAGCUGAUCCGGCCGUGGAAUGACUUUGAUGCAGCAUUGUUUACCGCCGAGACUGGUUUCGUCUCCAUGCAGGAGGUGCAGCCACUGGGUGAACUGCAUGCUUGGCAUGGGGUUGGCUUAUUAUUCGAUGAUGAUGAUGGUUACGAUGCUGCUACAUUUGAGUAAUCGAUUAGUCUCUGGGAAAUGGGUGUUAACUUAUAUGGUGUUACGGCAUGA